AUGGAGGAAAAUAUGGAAAAAAAUAAGAAAGGAGAAAAACCAAACAUGAAACAAAUUAAGUUUAUUUUAAAAAAAUCAGAAGAACUUGAAAAAAAACAUUCAUUAGUUUCUUUCCUAUGCGUUCUAUACGUUUCUGAGAAAUUAAACGAUUAUGUAAAAAAUAACUACAGUGACAUAGAGGCAAAAGAUCUUUUAUUAAACUGUGUGAAGAAAGCUGAAGAAAUUAGACCAUCUUUUGAUUUGAUCGAUUAUAGCAAAUUAGCUGAUUUGUGUAAACAAUUAUUUUUAGCAGCUGAUAAAAAUGAUCGAACUGAUGAAAUAACAAACAAAACAAUACAUAUGUUUUUCACUGCGCAAAUAUUUUAUGAAAUAUUAAAUCACUUUCAAGCAUUAAAUAAUGAUGAAAAAAAAAAAUAUUUAUAUGCUAAAUAUAAAACAAUUUAUAUAAAGAAAUGUUUUGAUAAUAAUAUAAAACCUGAGCCUGGGUCGCCAAAAGCAGAACUAGAACAAGACACAUCAGAAAAAUUAUAUGAGGAAAUGCCAAUAAACCAAGAAAACAAAAAAGAAGACAUAGAAAAAGAGAAAAGUGAUGAAGAAAACAAAUGGGUAAAAGAUGAUAUUCUUUGGGGUGCAGAAGAAAAUUAUUUAUUUUCAAAAAAUGAAGAUUCAAAUUUGUUAUCUAAUAAUACAGAUAAUAAUAAAAUAGGUGAAAACAAUAAAAAUGGGAAAUAUGUAGAUAUUUCUCAAAGCCUGAAGCACUCUCAAUAUGCUACAAAUGCUUUAAUGUUCGAAGAUGUAGUUACAGCAAAGAAGGAAUUAAAGAUUGCCUUGUCAUAUUUGGAAUAG